AUGGCGACCGCCAGCACCUACCACCACCGACAUGGAAUCGGCUUUGAUAUCCACGACCAUGGACUACACUCCAACUUCACCCCUCACAGACUCGACAACAAUCAGUUUUAUGUCUUGGAUCCCAAUUCAGACACCGACCACGAUCAUAGCAGGAAGCCAAACAAGACUCGAACAAUCACUACCCAAAACAAUUACUUGGGUAGCCCCAAGAAAGCAAAUGUUAGGGCUAGAGGUACUGCAAGAUAUCAAGCUGACGGGUCAGAACUUGGAAACGAGACUGCGCGUCAAGUGCGCAAGAAGCUAGGCGAAGGAAACAGUCCUGAGACCGGUGCAACCAUCUCCACAUUCAUCUCAAAAGAAUUUGGGGAAAUCAAUCACCUUGCCCUGGAAAGUCAAAGACUCACCAGCAACGCAGAGCAGUUGGCCAAACACUACGCAGGUCACUUCGAGUGGGUUCUGUCAUUGCCGGCAAAGACCCUGCCUGAAGGAUGCGGUCAUCCAGUCUGCUCUCACGAUAACCCAGAGAUUUGUGGCUAUACGGGAUCCGGAGAAUGUGCUCACCCAAUCUGUUCUCAUGAACACCCUGAGCGCUGUGGCUACCAAGGAUCCGAAAACCCAAAAAAGCUGCUUUACUUUGGCUGCAACCUCGUCCCACGGCGCUCAAGGUCAAUGCCGGAUGCCAAGUUAGGCACCGACAACGGAAAUCAAAGUGCUGAUAUAUAUACGGUUGUAGCUACAAAGCUCGACGGCGUCGAGCAUAGCGACGUUGUCGAGAAUAAUACUGUUCCGACGAACAUCACGAUGCAUCCCGACGAAUCCCAUGUUCAGAUGAGGCGCUCCCACAUCACCCGCGAGACAAUUGAUGAGGAGACGGAGAGCAUGAUGGAUGAAAGGGCUGGCGAUUUUGAAACUACUAUCGUCCAAAUGGACGCGGAUUCCGUCUCCAGCAUGGCUGAAGAGACCAGCCCUUACCAUACGGACGAUGAAAUGCGCGAUGUUCACGGAGAGGUUGACGUGGACCAUCGACAUGAGCCUCAGGUGAGCUUCGAGUCAGAUUGUCUUCUGAUUGGCGAAUAUCAGUAUGAAGAAGAGAGAAAUGAAGCUCGAGAAUCAGAUUCACAUGCAGAAAAUGACCGCCACAUCCAAGACGAGUCCCGGAUGUGGGAGACUGAUUCAUGUCACCGAUACCACCAUCAUUCCUCGGAAACCGUGGAUGAUUGUCAACAAGAGUCUAGAAUGAGGUGGGAGACCGAACACCGUCACAGAUAUCGUCACGGCCUCUCGGAGGCCAUGGAAGACGAACACAUGGAACCAAUGAGACUAUUUCCACCCAUUUCGAGUUCUGCGUCCAGGAUUGAAGACUCGGUGGAAGCUCUCGACAAGCUCGAGGAUGAAUUGGAAGCCAUCAAUGACUUGACACGAAUUGACCGAAUCUUGUCUCCUGUAAACGCAAGAAUGUCCUUGAUGCAGAGCGUUCAGAGAACAUCCAAGGCCGCUCCACCUCAGCGGACAAGCUCCAAGAGAACUGGACCUACCACGGUCCGCCCGAAAGAUGUCGAUCGCUCUUCAUCGUUGCGGAAGUCAAGCUCGAUGAGCUUUGCCGAUAAUAAAGCGGCUGCUGAGAAGAAAGGUACAGCAACCAGACCAACCAGUCUUCGGCCACCCAUGCCUCCGGCCAGGUCUAACAAAGCACCCACUGUGGCCCGCCGCCUCAAUGAAGAGCGUGCAUCUGGUCUUUCACAAGGAUAUAUUUCCGAAAACGCCCCGUCUAUGGAUGAUUCUUGGACCGCCUCGCCUCCCAAAGUUCGUGUCAGGUCCACCAGAAUGUCCCUGCGAGGCGCUUCUGAGCUACCCGGUCAGGCAAUUUCACGUCGCAGGAGAGAGGAGUCGGAGACCAAACAGCGAGCUGAGGAAGAGGACGGUAAGGGCCGCGAGUCCAAGGCUCGCUCGGUCCGUGCUAGCGUCUCAAAAGCUACGAAUCCUCGCGAGACGGCUGUUAGUCGGGCGCGGCAAGGCAGACCUAGUGUCGCUCGUACAUUUGAUGGCAGCCAUGCUAGCGGUUGUGCAGAGCCCCGUUCUCCUCUAUCAAAGGCACCCGCUACGGCUUCUUUUGCGUCACCGACAGCUUCUUCUGCGAACAAGCGGAAUGCUACUGUGGGCAGAUCGGCCGCGUCGAGCAAGCGACAGUCGUACAAUGCGGCAACUCUUCCGGCGCGCGGCCGCUUGAGCAUGAUUGACUCGCUGUCGGCAGCCAAUGCCGGUCGUGGCAUUUCGAGGGCGUCAGCAGGUAGCAACCGCAGUGGCGUCACGGGCAGUAGCACGGUUAGCAGGCGUAGCACAGUGAGUGCGGAGGAGACGCAGAAACAGAGGCAGCGGGGUAAGGAGGUAUUCGCACGCGACAACGGCUAUACGGCGGAACGUGAGAGAGAGCGGCACGAAAGAGAGGAGGCGGCGAAGAGAGCUCGAAAGGAGGCGGCUGAUAGGUCUAGGAUGCAGAGCCGCGAGUGGGCAGAGAAGCAUGCACAGAAAGCCGCUAUUCUUGGUGGAAAGAAGAAACGGGACAGCAUGGUUGGGGGCUCUCAACCAAUGAGGCUUCGCUUCACAUCCUGAAGAGGUAGGGUUUGCAUGAUGGAUUCGGCGUUUCGACGCAAGUGGGCGAAAUGUUUGAGUUGGCGCGGAGUUGUGGCCCAGGCUUCGGCUUUGUUUUCAUUUUGGUCUUGCAUGAUUCUCUCUUUUUCCGGCUUGGAGUUCGAGGUUUGUGUGAGCAUUUUCAUGAGGUGGUUGCAUCGCAGUGUGAACUUUUUUUUUUAUCUUUUACUUUUUUCUUUUACUCGCGGUUCACGGUCUUAUCAUGCUGGCUUUCUGAUCCUUUUAACUUGCUUCCUCAUGUCAAAGCUUUGGGAGCACCAUGGUGACAGACAUCACCAUCUCUUGAGGGCCCCAGGUUGUUUUUAAUGACCUUUAUACACUGAGGUGCCCCGGAAAUACCCUCGAUCACUUACAGUACGGUUAAAUGGACUACUCACCAACCGAUUGGCCAACUGGGCUAUCGGACGAGGCAACGGGUCUUUCGGUUUUAAGGCCGUUAGGUGCUUCUCGUACGCCGCGACAACUGCUUGUCACACAGACUUAUCGGUUAGCUCUCGAGUGAGUUUUGGCGGGGUUGUUCUUGUUUUGUUUAUCAAUUGGAGCUUAGCCAACGUGGUCAUGAUAGGAGACGACGCUGGAUGUUAGAUAGAUUAGAUGGAGAUGCAGAACAAUCAACAAAGAUCUUGACAGGA